UUGUAUGUUGUAUGUUGUAUGUUGUAUGUUGCUAAACCGCUCCGAGAACUUCCCACAGCCAACUCCCACCAACCACAACCAACCAUCAACCACUUCGCCUUUUCUCCUCGCCCAACAAUCACCACCACAACCACCACCACCACCACCACCACCGCUCCUCUGCGCUGUCCAACAUCUCCCAAUCCCGCUCAGUCUAGCUCAAUCGGCAACCUCUCUCCCCCCAAUGUCGUCCACCACCCUCUUCCGCAUUGCCUCGCGCACAGCCCCAGUCGGCUUUUUCAGAGCUUCCUACUCUGCCCGAUCAAGAGUUGCCGCGCCCGUCUUCGCUGCUGCCGCCGCUCCCGCCAUUGUCGCUUUUGGAGGAGUGAGCAGCUUCAGCUCGUCGUCCAAAUGCGCCAGCGGAGCUAUGGGCCAUGAGGAGGAGACUUUUGAAGAGUUCUCUGCCAGAUAUGAGAAGGAAUUCGAUGGUGUACAGGAUGUCUUCGAACUGCAGCGAAACCUUAACAAUGCCUUCGCCUACGAUCUCGUCCCCUCCGUCAGCGUCAUGACCGCCGCCCUCAAGGCUGCCCGCAGAGUCAACGACUUCCCCACCGCCGUUAGAAUCUUCGAAGGCAUCAGAGCCAAGGUCGAAAACAAGGCCCAAUACGAAAUGUACCUCGAAGAACUGAAGAGUCUACGAGAGGAACUCGGAGUCACGCUCCAGGAGGAAUUGUAUCCCCAGGAGCAGAAAUAAAGCACCCACCGCCAUUCUUUUUCUUCCUUUCUUCCUUUCUCCUUUCCUUAAACCGUUUUUUAUUCCGUUUCGAAAAAGACUCAAUAUCAAUUUGGUUUCCCGCCCUCUCCUCUCUAUCUACUUUCUCUCUCUCUCCCUCUCUCCGCUCUCUCCCAUCUGUAAUAUCUCUCCUGUCACCUGCCUGCCUCCGUUUUCCUCCUCUACCAGACAACUCGCAUUUCUAAAGUGGUGAAUUGGAAUUGGGGUUGGCGGUCCCAUCAUUGUUUCAAAUAUAUAAUACAUACACCCCGAACCCCUAAAAUAUCCGGGAAAAAAAAUAGAAAACGAAAAAGCGUCGAGGGUAAUGUGGGGGUGGCGAGGGCAAGGACAUAGAUGUGGAUUGCGGGAGCAGGAACGGGAUGAAUUGUUAUAGGGAGAUAGAUGGUGAUGAAUGGGGGGUAGGGUAGCCAUAGGGAUGGCGAUUAUUGAUUGCAAUGCGAAAAUGGGGAAAUGGAAAAAAAUAAAAAAGAUGAAAGAAGAGAAGGAAAGAAAGAAGAUGAGAAGGAAAACAAACACACACACACACACAUACACCAUACAUACACACACUAGCCAGCAAUCUCUCACUCAUCACAAAACACCCAAAAAUGACUUGCAUAUAUGUACAUGUAACUAUAUGAACACUAGGAAGAAGCGGGGGGGAUGACAAUAGGUUCUUGUUUUAUUAUUAUUACUAUUUCUACUAUUUAUUCCAUACUCUUUUUCUUUUGUGAUGGCCUCAAAACCAAAACCACAACUUAGCUGUAAGAACAGGCAGCGGAGAAAAACAAGUAGGGAUGUAUAUAUAUAUAGUGGUGAUUUAUUGUAGUUGUGGAAUGAGAGUCUCUCUCUUAGCCCUGUUUCAUUACUUCUCUCCCUCUCUGCCAUCUUUGAAAGGAAAGUCAGGAAAUGCAAAAAAGAUGGGAUUCCAACAAUUUGUUACACUCAUCUGAAUGCUGCAUAGAUAAAUUAAUGUGUCAAUGAGACCAUUUUUCAUACCAUUUUUCAAAACAGAUAGUUAAUAGAAUAAGUUAC